AAAUUGUACUGUCACGAAUAUCUUUUUUUAAAAAUGAAUUUAGCUAUAUUCCUCCAUAAAUAGCAUCACAUUCCUGUAUUCCAACCACAUUGUCCCAAAACAAAAAGAAGCACUUGGUCUUUCUUUCUUCUGAAUUCUUUCCGUAUAAAGCUUUAAACUUUCUUUAGAUUAUUUUCUCAGCCAAAAUUUACACAAAGAAUGGCCAUGGGAAAAUCAAACAAACUACCACAAGCUGCAACUUUAAAGAAAAUUUUGAAAGGGUGUUCGGGUUGGAAUAAGAAGAACGGCUACAAUAAUGAAUAUGAACUUCCACUUGACGUCCCAAAAGGACAUUUUGCAAUUUACGUUGGAGAGAAUAGAACUCGACACAUCGUACCUAUUUCUUUGUUGAGUCACCCUGAUUUUCAGUGCCUCCUUCAUUGUGCUGAGGAAGAAUUUGGCUUUGAUCAGGACAUGGGCAUCACCAUUCCUUGUGAAGAAGUUGUUUUGAGCACACUAAUUUCCAUGCUUCGGUGAAAAGAUGGUGAAAUAUUAAUUAUAAUUAGGUGUACAAAUGAAUCCUAGAAGUUUUUUUUUUCACCCUUUGAGGGAAUUGAAAUGUCUCAAUCUAUUUAAUAUGCAAUUUUCAAUACCAAUGUCUCUCAAUCUAUUUGCA